GAGAGAGAGGAAGGAGGAAGAACUCAGUCAAUUUCCUACACAAAUUUCCAACCACACUUGACGGUGGUUAGGUGUGAAGAUCAGACAGGACCCGUGGAGGCCCCCAGAUCCGUGCUGAAGCCUUCAGCUACUGUCUCAGGUUUUUGGAGUUUAGCAAUGGAGUUUUUCUCUGCUGAGACCAAUUCAACUGACUUACCCUCACAGCCCUGGCAUGAACCCCAAGUAAUUCUCUCCAUGGUCAUUCUCAGCCUCACUUUCCUGCUGGGAUUGCCAGGCAACGGGCUGGUGCUGUGGGUGGCUGGCCUAAAGAUGCAAUGGACAGUGAACACAGUUUGGUUUCUCCAUCUCACACUGGCGGACUUCCUCUGCUGCCUCUCCUUGCCCUUCUCCCUGGUUCACUUGGCUCUCCAAGGACACUGGCCGUAUGGUUGGCUCCUCUGCAAGCUCAUUCCCUCCAUCAUCGUCCUCAACAUGUUUGCCAGUGUCUUCCUGCUGACUGCCAUUAGUCUGGACCGCUGUCUUUUGGUACUCAAGCCAAUCUGGUGCCAGAAUCACCGCUCCGUGAGGACAGUCUUCACUAUCUGUGGAUGUAUCUGGGUGGUGGCUUUUGUAAUGUGUAUACCUGUGUUCAUAUACAGGGAAACAUUCACCAUAGACGACCAUAAUAUGUGUGGCUACAAUUUCGGUCUUGACAGCUCAUACGAUUAUUCGGACUUCACCUUUGAUCUACUGGAAAACGGGUCUCUUGACAACUCCAUUGUUCAGCUGCCUGAAGAAAUGGACGAUAGGUUAGAUUCUUUCUCUUUACAAACAGAUAAUCCUUGGACAGCUACCACUGUCCUCCAUUCUCCAACAUUUCAAAGACCUCCUGGAGAUUCACUCCCUGUGGAUUCAGCUAGAUUAUCUAGUCAACAUCCAUAUUAUAAUUUAUUUAAACCUGAUGAUGAAGUCUUACCUACAAUCCCAAGUGGGUUUCCCAUUGAUGGUCACAAAACUAACCCACCAGAUGACGCUGAUGCUUCCCUCUCUACUGAUUUAGAGCUUUCCUCUAGUUCCUCUAGCAAUUCAUUAUACAUGACUGAGCUAUCACAAGAUUUCCAGGAUGAUAAUUUUGGCCAGUUUGCAUAUGACAAUCAAGUUCCAACACCCUUGGUGACAAUAACUAUCACAAGGCUAGUGGUGGGUUUCCUGUUGCCCUUUAUUGUCAUGGUGACCUGUUAUAGCCUCAUUGUCUUCCGAAUGCUACGAAGCCGCUUCACCAAGUCUUGGAGCAAAAGCUUCCGAGUGGCCAUGGUGGUGGUGGUUGUCUUUUUUGUCUGCUGGGCCCCAUACCACAUUUUUGGAGUCCUCUUAUUGUUUAUUGACCCAGAAACUUACUUUGGGAAAGCUCUGCUGUCCUGGGACCCUGUGGCCCUUGCUCUAGCAUCUGCCAAUAGUUGCUUCAAUCCCUUCCUCUAUGCCUUCAUGGGGAAAGGUUUUAGGAAGAAAGCAAGGCAGACCCUGCAGGGCAUUCUGGAGGCAGCUUUCAGUGAGGGCCUCACACAUUCCACCAGCUGUACACAAACAAAGCCUUUUCAGAAACAAACACUAGCAGAGCUGUGUGAGAAUAUGCAUUGACCCAAGCAGGACUUCUUAGGUAUCCACCCAGUGUAAUAUGUUUCUAAAGGGACAAGGGGCAUGGUGAGCAGGGGAUUUCAGAAACCAUCAAAGAAUCAGUCUGGAGGUGAUCAAACAGGCUAGUGACAUCAGCAUCACCUGGAAACUUGUUAGAAAUACAAAUUCUCGAGCCCCGCCCCAGAGUUGUUAACAAGCUCUCUUAUUUCCGGUGAAUGCUAAAUUUGAGUCAUUGUAAAAAUUAGUCUAUUUCUAUUCCAGACUAAGCCACCUGAGAUAAAUGAGAAUCUAAUCUAUUUUAAAAUGAUGUUUCCAUCGUUAAAAUUUCUAUUUAGUAUAUGUAAAUACCCUUCCAGAUUCAUUUUAAAAACCAUUUCUCCUAGUUCUGAGUAAAAGAUGACCAUUUAUUCUAUGGCUUUGUUGUGCUGCUGGUGGUAUUGGGAUGGUUUUAGAUAAAAAACAAAGUGCAAGAAGUCUACGAAAGCAAGGACUUAUUAGAUUGAUUCUGGAGCAGAGUACAGUGCCAGAUGCUUCCCAUUUGGGAUACUCAUGGAUACAGAACAAAGGAAUUCCAAGUUUCUAUUUGUACAACUAAAUAAGCAUCUCUUGUGUAAAGACAGACUACUAAGGCAUCUAAAAACUUACUCAUGAACUGGUAUUGUAAGCUGCCGCUUGGUGAGUUUCUUGUCUAUUUGUUUAGUCUAUCUGCCUCUUUUUUUUUUUUUAAGAUUUUUAUUGGGGAAUUG